CAUUUCCCCUGCCAUUCCUUUAACGUCGUCUUCUUUUUUCUUUUUUUUUUGGGCCCGCUCAAGACUCUUCCUCCUCAGUUCUUUACUGACCACCUGCCCUUCGAUUUAUUCCUCAGUCAAUUUCAUUUCACCUCUCUUCCUGCAUCCUGAUCUGUUGCUUAAUCAGCCCACUUGUUUUUCUCUGCUCAUGAUUGCAGUUGGUGGGUCGGGUAGGUGCUUAACUACAUCCAUCCGGAGAACAUCGGACGGAGCGCGCCCAACCAAGCUAUCUCCGGCCUCUGACUUUCUCGGGCGGAGGAGGCGCAGCAGCGCGGGCACGAUGAUGAGCUUCAGGAGCCACGAGGGGUUCGGGCAGGUCCCCGCCGGCGCCACCUCCAACGGAGCCGCGGUGCCGUGGUGGGCGCCGGCGCCUCAGCUGCUGCUGUACGGCGACGCGCUGGGCCAGGGGAAGGUGCCGCCGGAGCAGGCGCCGUGCCGGGAGGCACGGUUCCAGGUCGUGCCGGGAGCGCAGGCGCCGCUGGGUCCUCCGGUGCAGCCGCCAGCGAAGGCUGCUGCCGAGAGGGGCCUCCCUGAAGUCCUCAAGUUCUCCGUGGCGCAAGGUAAAGGGGAGAAAGGUUCUGAGCACUCUGCCAGUGUUGCUUUGCCAUCCCCAUUUGCGAUCUACAAUGGUCGUUUUGAGCUGGGCCUUGGUCAAUCUACGGUUUCUGUUAAUAGUCCUUAUGUUGACCAACACUGUGGCCUGCUUUCUUCCUAUCCAGUGGGAGCAAUGCCUGGAGGGUGCAUGCGCAUACCACUUAAUAUGCCAACAGAAGCACCAAUAUAUGUGAAUGCUAAGCAAUAUGAAGGCAUUCUUCGUCGACGCCGUGCCCGUGCCAAAGCAGAGAGGGAAAAUAGGCUGGUGAAAGCCAGGAAGCCAUAUCUCCAUGAGUCUCGCCAUCUGCAUGCACUGCGUCGCGCAAGAGGCUCUGGUGGGCGUUUCCUGAACACAAAGAAAGAGUCCAACACGAAGGAUGCUGGUGGAGACGGCAAGGCAAUGUUCAGCAACCCGCUUAUGCGCCAGGUGGCAUCUCCAAGUUCAGAGAUCCAGCAGUCAGACCUGGGCAACCCGAGCAGCGUCUCCAGUCUGUCGGGAUCAGAGGUGUCAAGCAUAUAUGAUCAUGAAGAUGUGGAUCACUUCCACAGCUUUGAUCACAUCCGCACUCCUUUUUUCACCCCGCUCCCGAGCAUCAUGGGCAGUGAGCAUGGGGUCGGUAACCCCUUCAAGUGGCCAAUAGCCUCUGAAGGCUGUUGUGACCUCCUCAGAGCAUGACUAGAGGGGUUACCGGACAGCCGAAUGCUAGGAACUGGCGACAACCAGCAGAUGCUGCUGGAUGUUACCAGCUCCGGGCCAGGGAUUGUCCCUCCCAUCGUUUGGCUGUCGGUAGGCAAUUCAUUCUUGGCUGAAGGCAUUGUGGUUGUCUCUGCUCAUCGCCUAAUUCUCCUAGAAUUUCUAUUUCUGGGAUCUUGUGAUGAGUGGAACACCCGUGCCCCCAAAAAUGCUGGUAGUACUAAGCUUCCAGCAUCAAACUCGUUCUGCACUAGCAGGUUUCAGUGUUGUUUUCUGAAUAAAGCCUGAAACUUUGGACUCGUCUGAAGUUUCAGAGGUACUGGAAGUGGAUUAUGUUUGGAAUCUGAUUGUGUGUCAAGACUUGGCUUUGUUAGUGAUGAAUUGUGAUGUGCUUGAAGCUUGUGUGGACAUGGUUUGUAAUAUGUGGUUUGUUGAAAGUUUGAACUCGGUAAUGUAAUGAUGUAUUUGACUACUGAGACUUUGGGCUUGGUUUGUACUU